AUGGCAGUCCCUCGAGCUCUCCGACUGCAGCAGCAGCGGCAAAAGGAGGAACUGCGAGCUCGAGAGGCUUCGCAGCAGCCAGGGAACGUGGUGGUCAUACUUCCCAUAGUCACGGCCUCAGUCACGGCGCGCACAGCCACUGUGACUCCGUUAACGCAGGAGGAGAAGGACGAGCUGGAGGUGGCGAAGACCCCAGGCCUGCUCGCACCCAUGAGCAUUUCAGUCAGGCAAAUGCCCGACAAUCCCGAGGAGUUUGAGAACCUUGGCUCCAUGCGCACGCGCUUCUCCCCAGCCCUCGUCUACAACCUUCUCAGAAACUUCGAGGAUGCUCCACGUGUUUUUAAGAACAUCGCCCACUGUGACGUGGACCCACUGGAAGAGCCUGGCACCUUUAGAGUCACACAGCACGUCAAGUGGCGCUUCCUGUUUCUCUCCGGCACAUUCGCCACCACACUCAUCUGCCAACGAAAUGAUGGAGCAAGAUCAUCGCCUCUCACUGCAUGCUGCCCAAUGGCAUCUCUUAUUUUCGUUUCGCUGCUGCAUCACUUCACUCUUACCAGGGCGGAGCCUGGCUUUAUGAAGGCUUUCAAAGGAGGCUGGACUAUUCACGACCUGAGCCCUCCCAAGCCGUUGCCCCUUGCACCUCCAUCUACUCCGCCUUCCAAGGUAGCUCUGAAGCCCAGCUUCCUUCAGUCGCUGGCAGCAGCACUUCCAGGGGCGGCUGCCACAGCAGCUGAAACAGCAACUCCUUCUGGGGUUGCUGAAGGAGCAGGAAGUGGGAUGCCUCCUAGCGGGUCGCUGAUUGAGAUGUGGCAGCUGUCUCAGCCUGCAAUGGUUCCCCCUCGACCACUUUGCCUUGCGAACAUGUCUGUUUCCCGCUCGUCCGCACAGCCUGCGGUUAGCCGCGUCGUCACGCCAGUCGCAAAGCGAGUGUGCGACCUGACAGGAAAGAGGCGCAACAACGGGUACUCGGUGUCAUUCUCAAACCACCGCACCAAGAAGGUGCAGCAGCCGAACCUGCAGUACAAGCGUGUGUGGUGGGAGGAGGGGCAGCGGUACGUGCGCCUCAAGCUGAGCACCAAGGCGAUCAAGACACUCGAGUGGAAGGGGCUCGAUAAGAUGGCCAAGGAGGCUGGCAUUGAUCUUAGCAAGUUCUGA